UUCAUCAGCUCCUGGAUGUACUUCGGCCUGGUCGUCUCCACGGCCUACACGUCCGCGCUCCGGUAGGGACUACAGUGGAGGGGACACGGAAACACUCCGCACUUUUCGACGAAAAACGAACAGAUGGAUACAGUAGCCCAGAGAGGAACGGAAGAAGCAGGACAGACGGGAAAAUACUUCGUAAACUGCAAACUCUCAAUCGUUCAUCGUUAUUUCACAAAACUCGACAAAGAUCCUCCACGAAUUUGCGAAGAGUCUUCGUGGAUCUACGAAGUAACCUCCAGCAACUUUGCUCUAGAGGCCCGGCACGCCCUCCUCCUGAAUUUGUGCCUGACCCAGACAGCCACAAGUAAAGACAAAAGCGAUUUCCACAGACUUCUUGAAAAAGCCUGCAGGACCCGUUUUUGCCGUGUGGUUGACUCUCUCGCUUGGCUUAGCCCGUUGAAUUCCACUACGCUGAACAUUACUGUCCCCGCUUCUCUGCUUACCAGGAGCAUCGUGCUGGCGCCGCCCUUCGCGCGCACGCUCUGGUACCCGGAGGCACUGGCAGAGUCCGACCUACCCGUGUUGACCAACCAGUUCGGCCUGGACCUCAUCCGGGUGCGCAGCGAAUCCGUGCUGGUCCGGCUGGCCCAGCGGUGCCGGCUGGCGGCGGUCAGCGACAUCCAGACGCACAUCGCUGACCCGCGCCACGCCAUCCUGGCGCGCAGGGACUUCCUGCUGGCCGAGCAGCGUGAGGCGAUUGGUCGCGCUGCCAACGUCAACGACGUCCUGAACGGGCCAGGCCGCCUGUUCAUCUACCCCAACUACUGCCUGGUGUCGCACUACGCCUACCCCUUCCUGCUGCCGUCCAACUCCCCCUACUCGUCCGCGCUACGCCGCGUGCUCAGGGCGCUGGUCGAGUCGGGGCUGACGCUGCACUGGCUCGAAAAGGACAGGUGGAGACCGCCGCCCAUGUACAACAAGUACUUGGACAGCAGGAGCAAGAGGGAGAGGCCGCUCACGCUGAGCCAAGUGCAGCCGGUGCUCGUCGUGUACUCGUGCAGCCUGGUCGUCAUCGCUGUCGUCUUCGGCGCGGAGGUUCUGGUCGCCUCGGUCUGGCGGCACGAGAUAUCCGCGCCAGCCCCGCUGGUCCCGCUGCCCACAUCGGCGCAGUCUCUGGAGCGCGGGGUAGAUCGUGCCGUCGAGACCCCACGCCGGCCGGAGAGCGUCGAGUCACAACGCCCGCCGCGCCUGCAUCCAGGUCUCUCAGGCGCCAGUCCAUUUUCCAUUGAAUCGAAUAUUGAGCUAUAGACAGACUAUGAAGGAAUUCAAACUCAUGGUGAGGCCUUGUUGGUCGAGCCCGAAAGGAGGAUUACACAGCCGAGGAGGGAGAGAAUCAAAGAGAAGAAUUAAAUAGGUUUAUCACAACUCACCAGCACUGUUCGGACCGAUUUCUCUUACUUCGUGGUCUGAAUCGAAAUUUCAUAAACAUUCAUGAUUAUUCGGACUAACUGUCUGAGUACGACUUUUUGUCAGAAAAUUGAGUUCAGACUGCCAAUUUUGAAUAUUUAGAGCGAUGGCUAUCAAGUGUUGACUAUAGUUGUCUAGGGAGCAGGACAGCUCGUCCCAAACAACUCGUCGCUAACAUUACUGGUACAAAAUUAGUUAGGUUACAACUCUCCAUCAAAAGCAUUGUAAUGACAUGGCACAUACAAAUUCAGUCAGGUUUAAAACUAAAUCAAAACCACAACACUUAGCAUUUAUGCUUUGUUACAUACAGGCAUAAAGGGGCAAGGUAGGCCACCGUCUUCACACCUGCGCGUUGCAGGCCGCUGUGGUGGCCUACCUCACAGGCGCUACGGGAAGCUUGAAAAUGAGAGGCUGGAGGCGGCAAUCUAGGUGUGUGUGUG